AAAAACUUUCCAAGUUAGAUUAUGAUGAAUUUAUUCAGACAUGUAUAUGGAGACCUAAAAAGGAGGGUAAGCAGGGAAAUAUUUCUGUAGAACAGUUUGUUUUACGGAUGGGAGCUAGAUAUGGUCACGAGGUAUUGGAAAAUCAACAGCUUAUAAAGAAGGGUUUAUUUGUCAAUGAGUAUUUAUAUAAAGUUCCCAAACCCGAUGUGGUAAAAAGGUUUAAUAAGAAAAUAAAUAUUGAUUAUUAUACCAAGAGUUUAUUUACUCUUUGUACCCGUUUUAUAAAUUAUGAUGAUAAAUACCAACCAUUACCUGAAUCUCUGGCAAAAGCCUUGAAUCGUAAAAAGAAAUCAAAGAAAAAGGAAUCGAAAAAUAUUAAGGAUUCAUUGCAAAGCAGUGACUCUCUGAGUCUAGAUGAGGAUGAAAUAGCAAAUAUCAAAGAUGUAGAGUCACAGAAAUUGGCUAAAAAGUGGCUUAAAAAUUAUAUCAAGAACUUAUGUGAUGCCCUGAAAAAAGAUGAAACCAUUAUCUCCCAUUUAUGGAAAGAUGCCACCACUCACGCUGAAAAAAUAUGUUCUGGCAUUAGUGAAGCUGACAUGACUAGGCCUUCAGGUAUCUCUAUGAGAUAUAAUGAUUACCUUAAUGUAUUAGAUAGGAUUGCGAGUUCUACUUAUUCGAAAUUAUCAGAUUUACUUUCAAAAUUGUCUAAGCUUAAUGUGAAUCAUAGAAAUGCGACAUACGAAUUAAUUGUGCAGGCACAGAAAUACAAGCCUGAUAUUGCGAUUUUGGAAGAAUAUAUAUUUCAAUUUAAUCUGGAAUCGGAGUGUGAG